AUGGCUGUCGAGACCGGCGCAUCUGUCGCCGCUGAUUCCGGCAGCGACAUCGCGGCGGCGGAGGCGUGGCGCCCGGAAGCCGAGGCGGCGCGAGAUAAAGCGGCGGGCUCAAAAUUCGUAUGGGAGAAAAACUGGUAUCCUGCAGCCGUGGUGCGCGAGCUGGAUCCGCGCGUGCCGGUGGCGCUGACGCUGCUGGGGCGGCCCGUGGUGAUCUGGUUCCACGCGCCCUCGGCGCAGUGGCUCGCAUUCCACGACCUCUGCCCGCACAGGCUAGCACCGCUAUCAGAGGGGCGCAUUCACGAGUCGGGAGACCUGCAGUGCAGCUACCACGGGUGGACCUUCGCCCCCGAUACCUCCUGCACCUUCAUCCCCCAGGCCCCUUCCGAUGGCCCUCCGGUGAACACGUCCCCUAAGGCAUGCGCCAGGAGCUACCCCACGUGUGUGCGGCACGGCAUCAUCUUCAUUUGGAUGGACCACUCGCCCUCUGCUGCUGCUGAGGCCGCUGCCUCCCCCGUGCCCGUCGUGCCAGAGCUCGAAGACCCGACAUUCCAAGGAGACGUUGUUCAAACUGACCUGCAAUAUGGCUACGAGCUGCUGGUGGAGAACCUAGUGGACCCUGCCCACGUGCCCUUCGCCCACCACAAGAUCAUGAGCAACCGCAAGGACGGUAAGCCGCUGAACCUGACAGUGGACGGCAUCCGAGCCACCGGCUUCCAGGGGUCCAACGACCAGGGCGGCCCCUUUGAGUUCCUGCCGCCCACGCUCGCUCGCCAGGAGAUCAUUGUGAAGCCCAAGCCCGGACAGCCCCCCUCAGAUCCCCCCAAGAAGCUCGUGCUAGCCUUCUACUGCAUCCCCACCUCCCCCGGCAAGUCACGGCUCAUCUUCACCUUCCCCUCCAACUUCUUCCCGCCCAUCGUCGCCCUCGUGCCGCGCUUCCUCACGCACCUGCGCCAGCUCGUGAUCCUCGACUCGGACCACUACUUCCUGCACGUGCUGGAGAGGAGACUGGAAGAAGAAAAGAUUCUGCUGGCUGCUGCAGGAACAAGUGCCAAGUCUCACACCACCACCACCACCAGCAGCAGCACCACCACCACCACCAGCAGCAAUGGCAGCGGCGUGAGUGUGAGCACGAACAAGGCAUACUUCACGCCGACGAGGUCGGAUGCGUUCGUGACGGCGUUCCGCUUCUGGAUGGACAACUACGCCGGGGGAGGGGUCGCCUGGCCCUCCUACGUCAACCCGGCGCUCCCACCCGCACUGCCCAAGCAGCAAGUCAUGGACAGGCAGGUAAGCCACAUCAGCAUCUGCAAGUCAUGCCAGUCAGCCCAGCGCCUCGCGUCUCGCCUCAUAUUUCUUGUGCCGAGGCACUUUCUCAUUCACGUCACGCCCAUCCCUCAUCAGCCAACCUCGUGUAGCCCUCGUGCAGCUUUCUCAACCCUCAAACCUUCAGAAAUGGCUGCCCUCGCCGCUACCAUGGCUGUCGCCCCCGUGGCCUCCCUUAAGGCCUCGACCUCCCUGAAGACUAGCGUCGCUAAGACCUUCAAGGUUGCUCCUUCCGCUGCCCGCGUCUCCAUGGCUACCUACAAGGUCACCUUCGAGACCCCCAGCGGUUCCUCCACCGUCGAUGUCGCUGACGACGUGUACAUCCUCGACGCCGCUGAGGAGGCUGGACUCGACCUGCCCUACUCCUGCAGAGCUGGUGCUUGCUCGUCUUGCGCCGGCAAGGUCACCGCCGGCAGCGUUGACCAGUCUGGCCAGUCCUACCUUGAUGACGACCAGAUGGCCAAGGGCUUCGUCCUGACCUGCAUCGCCUACCCCACCUCCGACCUGACCGUCCAGACCCACCAGGAGGACAGCCUCUAUUAA